AUGUUGUAUUAUAGUUAGAUCAACAAAAGUGAUAUAAUUAAGUAAAUUAUGUUAUGUGUUUUAGAUAGGUUUCUAGGUAAAUAUAUCCAUAAUAAAUCUUAUAGGAACUUUGGAAUAGUUUAAAAUAAAAUAUAGAUAGACAAGCCGAUGUCUCAUGAAUAGGAAAAUAUAUAUAAUCAUUUACAUAAAUAUUGUAAUUCGAUAAUUAUUGGUAGUUUUUAAUCCAACAAUAAUUAAAUAAAUGCAUUUUACAAAUAGGAAUAUAGAAUGAAGUAGAUUAUAUGA